UAGAGGGUGGCAAUGAAUAGCAUAAGCAUAUAUCCAAAGAGAGCCUGCAAAACUUGACAAAAAAAAAAGAAUCUUCUUAUAUCUCUCUUUUUCCUUUCCUUAUUUCCUUUCCUUUUCUUUCUUUUCUUCUCUGUGACUCUGUCUAAUCCAGGCUUUGACGGUAAUGACUAUUAUAUAUUAUUCCUUUGUGAAUUAGCUAACAACCCACUAAAACCCAAUCUUGUUAUUUUCCUUACUCUGAGUAUCCCCUUUUCUUCUUCAUUCUCCUUUACGUGUCUAGUUUUACUUACUUUCUUAUAAAAAGUAGAGAGAGUAAUGGAAGGUGAAGAUUACAUACCAUCAAUAUCUGCUAAGGAUUACUAUGAUAAUCUAAGAAAAUUGCCUCCGGAACCAGAGAUAGCAGUGAAAGGAAAAGAAGAUGAUUACGAUAGUAUAAGCAAGAGCCUUGUUAUUGUGCCAAGAUCAAAAAAAAGUUUGUGUUUGGAGAUAGUGGAAUUAGAAGAAGAAGAAGAAGAAAAGGAAGAGAAGAGCCUUACAGAUACAGACCGAGUGGGGAGAAACGACGACGUUUAUGUUGCCGUCGGUAAAGAUGACUCAGAUGUUGUGAAAUGGACUCUUAACUAUGUGCUUUCUCCUGGUGCUCGUCUUUAUCUCCUCCAUGUGUACCCUCCUGUCACUUACAUUCCUACACCUGUUGGAAACUUAGCAAGAAGCCAGUUAACCAAAGAACAAGUGAGAUUUUACUUAGAUGAAGUGGAGAACAGAAGGAGAAACCUGUUGAAGAAGUACAUUGAGUUGUGCAAUGAUGCUAAGGUACAUGUUGACACAGUACUAGUUGAGCACAAUUCAACAGCAAAAGCAAUUGUUGAUCUCAUUCCUAUACAUAACAUUAACUAUCUGGUCAUGGGGAAAAAGAUACCUAAUUUGAGGAUAUUGAAGAAAAAAGUGUCGAAAGGAGAAUAUGUGAAGAAGAAUGCCCCAGAGUUUUGUCAAGUGACCAUUGUUAGUGAUGAAACAAGAGUUGUCCAUUUAUCUCAUCAACCGGCAUCAUCAUCAAGUGGUCCAGAGACAUCAAAUCAUGAUGAUCAUAUUACUCGCCACUCUGAAAGAAACUUGUUUGUGUGUGCAUGUUUUUCAGCAUGCUUAAGGUAAAAUGGUGGAUUUAAGCCUACAAAAAUGCCAAAAAUGGAGGAUCCUCUAAGAUGGGAGCACAAUUAGCAAUGUGGGGAAGAGCUUGGAGCAAAAAAGAAGGAAGUCAAUACCAUCAAAAAGAUAAGGUUGGAAAAGUCAAUCACUUCACCAAGCCUACUUGAAGAAUGCAAGUUCCAAUUAAUAAUUUACAUUUGUAAGGAAUGAGCUGGAGGUCAUGAUUGAAAGAAUAAAAAGAGAAGGGUAAAAGUGUAAAAAAUAUUGAAGAAUAUAUCAUUGUGCAUGCUUUUUGCCCAUCAUAGGACAAGAGAUAUUUACAAAAGGGUACUUAACAAAAAUAUGAGAAAAAAGAAAUUAUUUUUUAUA